AUGGAGAGCACUUGGAGAAUUUGUGUUUGUUUCUACUGCUGCCUGCCCUGGCUCUCUGCUGGCACCCAGUGCUCCCCCCACUUCAGGGGCCGUGGGGAUUCGGACAAGGCCCCUGCCUUUUUGGAAGCUCCUGAGGGUGCUGCCAGUGAACUCAAUCCAGUGUUGCAGCUGCCCCAAGGUGCAAGGCGAGGCUAUGGCCCCCUGCCUCCCCUCCUCAAGGUGCUGUCUGAUCAGGGCCCCCAGAGCUGGGAUAGUGAGGUCCCCAGGCUGCAGCCAGACUCCAGGGCCCUCCGGUACAUGAAGAGGCUCUAUAAGAUGUCGGCCACCAAGGAGGGGAUCCCCAAGGCCCACAAAGGCCACCUCUAUAACACUGUCCGACUUUUCACUCCGUGUUUGGAAUGCAGGCGCCGCCACAGGGACCUGGUGAAAGGAGAUGUUCACUCGGUGGAUUUACUCUUCAACCUGGAUCGUGUUACUGCUCUGGAGCACUUACUCAAGUCUGUCUUGCUUUAUUCCUUUGACACAUCUGUUCCCAUUUCCUCUUCCAUCACUUUCAUAUGCCAUUUAUCCAUUAAGGAACAUGAUUCUGCCAGCCAAAUUUGUCCCAGCAUUUCCCACUCUCUAGCUUUUAGCCUGCACUUUGAAGUUAGAAAACGCAAGUGGGUGGAGAUCGACGUGACUUCUUUCCUCCAGCCUCUAAUUGCUACGAACAGGAGGAAUAUCCAUAUGGCUGUGAACUUCACUUGCCUCAUGGGUGACCCACAAAGGAGCACAAAACUGGAAAACCCUGUUAAUGUGACACUGGUUCCCCCUUCCCUUCUUCUGUAUCUGAAUGACACCAGUGAACAAGCUUAUCACGGGUGGAACUCACUUAGGCACGGGAGGAAGAGCCCAGUGCAGGUCAGGCAAAGGAACAGCCCGCUUGUGGAUCCUAUGGGUGACAAAGGAAAAGGGAAUUCCCAGGGCAAAAGGGCCUCUCGACAGCGAAGGAAUGAGAAUCUGAAAGCAGCACCAGCAACUUCACCUAAUAACUUGAGUGAAUAUUUCAAACAGUUUGUGUUCCCUCAAAAUGAAUGUGAGCUUCAUAACUUCCGCCUAAGCUUUAGCCAGCUAAAAUGGGACAAAUGGAUCAUCGCCCCGCACAGGUACAGCCCCCAGUACUGCCAGGGGGACUGCCCCCGGGCCGUGGGGCACAAGUACGGCUCUCCCGUGCACACCAUGGUGCAGAACCUCAUCUAUGAGAAGCUGGACCCCUCUGUCCCCAAGCCCUCCUGUGUCCCAGCCGAGUACAGCCCGCUCAGCGUCCUCACCAUCGAGCCCGAUGGCUCCAUUGUCUACAAGGAGUACGAGGACAUGAUCGCCACCAAGUGCACCUGUCGGUAGUGGUGUGCUCUGCUUCCACUCCAGUUUUGGGUAUUUCUGAGUUCUCAAAGUGUCUGUAGCUAUAAUCCACUGAAGAACGUUGGUGUAACCUGAUUGGGAUUUAGCAUGGAGUUAGCAGAAGGUGUUUACACCAUAGCACUUAUUUUUGUAGUCACUCAGCCUUUCUAGAA